CCGCCUCACAUGCCGCCGGAGCGGCCGAUGACCCCGCGCUGCUCUUCCACAGCGGGGAACCGCCUUCGCUGCCAGCCUUCCACCACGGGCGGCACGCCUCACGACGGCCCAGCCACUCUGUUCGUCGCCUGGCAGCUGUUCAAUCUGAUUAGAAAAUCCAAGCAGGCUCCACUGAGAUAGGCAGAUAGCAUCACACAGUUCCUGAUCCAGUGUUGGACAAGACAAGUGACUUAUCGGCCAUUGGGUGCUGUACUUUUCUGACAAAUUCCUGCGAUUAUGAACAAUAGCUCGUCUAGACAAUGAAUUAAUCACCUAUUAUCUUCAAUCAUCCAAUCUCCGCCCUACUCAUCCAAAAAGGGGCGCACCGGAGGCAUCUUUCUGAUCAAGAAUUUAUUGGCACCAGCCUGCCAUAAAAGAGGGUGCGAAGAAACUGCAAUUCGGCCUUUGGAUGAUCCAUGAAACAAGGGCAGAGUGGCUUCAUGUCUAAAGAAUGCGAGAAAAUCAUCUGUCAUCAAUAAAAAUACAAAGAAGAAAAAAGUUUCAAUUGUUCAAAAAAACGUGAGUAUAGUUUGCACUUAAAUCUUGUAGCCUCUCCUUGGAAUCUCUCAAAUGUGACUCACAGACAGGUGCGAUCAUCAUCACUUCAAAGAUAAGAAAGGGCUGAUUGUAGACUUGUGGCUGGUGCUUCAAGCUUGGAAGGAAUCUUAUAUCACGUGCCUUGAAAUGUGCUAAUUUUCCACCCUAGUUUCCAGUCAAUGAGGAAGAUAGUCAAACAUUUGGCCAUACUGAACUGAAGAAAUAUUGCAUACAAAGAAGGAGAAGACAUCCGAAGAUAACAUGGCUUAACAACUUGACACAUCUGAGUAUUUAAAAACGUGAUCUCCUUUUUCCAUUGUCUGAACUUGUACAAGGUCAAAAAUGCAUAUAGCAUCCCUCAUUAUCUGACUUCCAACUGCUGCUGAUGUAUUGUCUAUUCAAUUUUCAACAGCUGGAAGCAACUGACCCUGGGCUAUUAAUAAUGGACAGUGCCAUCAUAGAAACAUUUGCGUCAACAAGGAAAGGAACUUCUUGUGACUGGCUUUGUUCCCAUCACAAAGUUUCAGAAUGGAAACAUUUGUUUCUGCAGUUCUUGGCGAUCUCCUCAGUCGAUCAAUAUCUUUCGUCAUCGAUGGAUGUUUCAGGCAGCAGAAGGGCGUGGAGGUCUACCUGCUGCAGUUGCGCCAUGUCCUGCUGCGCAUCCAGGCCACCAUGGAAGAGGCCGAGGGACGGCACAUCACAAACAAAGCGAUGCUUCGGCAGCUUCAGAUGCUUAGAGAAAUGAUGUAUAAAGGCUGCUACCUGCUUGAUACUUUCACGUACCAGGUGCUUCAGCAACAGAGGGACAACGAUCAGGUUAGUGGUCACCCCUUGUCCAUAUUCUGUCGAGCCAAGCGCUUGUGCUUCAGUACAAGAGGGAUGAAUCUCGCAGUUCAAGUUGACGGGGUAAAGGAGGUUCAGAAGAUGCUAGAAAGCCUGCAAAGCACCAUCGUUGAUAUGACGGAGUUCAUUGUUUUCUUGAAAUUUUAUCCUCCCAUCAACCGUGAGCCUUACAAAAAGUACUUGUAUUUGGAGAACUGCAUGUUUGGCCGCCAGGCUGAGAUGGAGAAGAUCAUCAGCUUCUUAUUGCUGCCAGAGCCUCCCGGCGCAGAAAGUUUGCAAGUGCUUCCAAUAAUUGGUCCCGCAAGAGUUGGGAAAAGUACCCUUGUUGAGCAUCUCUGUUAUGAUGAGAGGGUUCUCAAUCACUUCUCCACAAUUAUUCUAUGUAGUGGAGGUCCCACUGCUCCAGAAGGUAGUGGUGUGGUCAAGAAGCGAACUCACGGUUCACAUGGAAGAUCACUUAUUGUCAUGGAGCUUGCUGAUGAUUUUGUUCUAGAUGAAAGGCAAUGCAAAAACUUUUACUCUUCAAGCAACCACAUGCCACCUGGAAGUAAAGUUAUUGUGACAAGCAGAUCAGAGAGUAUCAUAAAACUUGGUACUACAGGAGCUAUUAAAUUGGAUUUUUUGUCUAGGGAAGCUUACUGGUACUUCUUCAAGGUGAUGGCUUUUGGAAGCACUAAUCCUGCUGAUCACCCGGAGCUAGCAUCAAUAGCUAUGGAAAUUGCAGCAGGGCUAGAAGGAUGCUUCGUGGGCGCACAUGUAAUAUGUGGCUUUCUCAGAGCUAACAUGCACCGUCGGUUUUGGAGCAAGAUCCUUGAAUAUGAGAGAGACAAUAUAGAUAGGAAUAUCCUCAUCUUUGGUGAACAUCCUCAGGCUCUUAUUCGGAAAAACAAGACCGCAUAUGUUUGGAGUCUGUCCAACAUUUCCAUGAGGCUCAAAGUUCUUUAUCGUCAAACACAUUCCGCUCUGAAUGAUGUUCCAAAGAUAACGUUGCAUGAAGCCCAGACAAGUGCAAAAGCUCAUGGGAAGUUGGAAGUCCUGGUGUUGAAAUCGCGCAUACCCCCGUAUCACAGCUACUCUAUGACAUGUGAGAUUGAGGUACCACAAGACAUGAUGACCAAGAAGAAGCGACCUCGUUCUUAUCUGGAAAUAUGAACAUUUCCUCGCUGUUCAAUUCAUUGGCUGUUUUCAUUGUUGAGAUCAAAUGUCAAAUUUUAAUGGUGACAUGAACAUACCAACUAAA